CGUUACGGUAAGAUAAUUAAAUACUGAUAAAAAACAAUUAAAAAAAAAUUUUAAAAAAGUGUAAUAAAGAAGAUAAUAAAUAUGCCAAGAAAAAAUAAAGUGCCUACACUUGAAGAACUUGCACUAUGUUCAAUCGGUGAAUAUGUGACAAAAUUUGGUAAAUCAAUUGUCAAUAAAAUUUGCAAUAAUAAAAUUAAUAACAAUAAUAAUAAUGAUAUACUUGAUAAACAAUUAAAUUUAAUGAAAAUACGUUUAUCAACAAAUGUACCAUGGAAUAUAUACAAUGACAUGGCUAAAAAAGUAUUAAAUUCAAUAAUGAAUUUAAUAAAUAAAACAAAAAAUUCAUACAAUGAUUAUGAACCAAUAUGUUUAUUUUUAUCAGAAUUUAAUGUAUAUGUUAAUUUAAUUGACGUUGUUAUACAUAAUAAUUUACGUACAAUUGAAUUUUCAAAAUGGCCAAAAAUAAUGCGACAUAUGUUGUAUAAUAAUUUAAUAAAUAUGUCAGGUUUAGAAAUACUUGAUUUAGGAUCUGGUUCAGAUGGCUGGCGUACAUCUGAUAUUGAAAAAUUAAUAAUAAAUGGUAUUAAAAAUAUGAAUAAUUUAAUAUCAUUUACAUUAUGUUUUGAUUGUACAGAUAAUAUUAUAACAGCUGUUUGUAAUAAUUGUAAAAAAUUACAAAUUAUUGAUGUAACAGCAUCAAGAUCAGUUACUGAUCGUAGUGUUAAUGAAUUAUUAAAAUGUCAUUAUUUACGUGAUAUAAAAUUAUUUCGUACAUCAUUAACAAUAAAUGGUUAUUCAAUAUUAUUAAAAAAUUUAUAUUAUUUAGAAAAUAUUGGAAGAUGUGAUGAUAUUGGUAUAAUACUUGAAAAUAUAAAUAAAAAUAAUAUAAAUAAUAAUAAAAUUAAUUUAAAUAUUAAAACAUUUGAAUCACGUAAUAUAACAAUUGAACAUUUAUUUUAUGUCAUUGAUAUUUGUCCAUAUAUAACAUGUUUAUCAAUGAUGUGUAAUGAAAAAAUUCAAGAUUUACGUAUACUUUCAACAUUAAAAAAUUUAGUUGAAUUAAAAUUAUUAUCAUGUGAUUAUUAUGGUGAUUAUGUUAAUGAAUUAUUAGAAUUAACAAAUCAAAGAUUAUUAAAAUUACAUUUUGAACAUGUUGAUGAAAUUGAUAAAAGUGCACUUAUUUAUAUAAGUCAAUAUUGUCCAAAUAUUAAAACUCUUAUAUUUUAUAAUUGUGAUUUUUUGGAUAAUAUAACAACAAAUUUUCAUAAACUAAUAAUAACACCAUUUAAAUAUUUAGAAUAUAUUAAAUGUAUUGCUGAUUGUGCAAGUGAUCAUCUUGAAUUUUUAUUAUCACAUUGUAUUAAUAUUAAAUUUAUACAACUUGGCUCAUCAACUGGUAUAGGUGAUUUAACAAUGAAAAAUGUAUUUAAUAAUAAUUGUAUGACUAAACUUGAAGAAAUUAAAAUACUUUAUAGUAGUGAUUUAUCCAUGAAAACAGUCAAGUUAUUAAUGAAAAAUUGUGAAAAUUUAAGAAGAUUAUCAGAGCUUGAAAGUUGGCAUGGUAUAUCGUCAAGUGAACUUGAUAUAUUUAGAAAUGAACUGAGAAUUAAUAAUGUUGAUUUGGAUACAAGUCCAACACUUUCAUUUGCUUGAAUUCAUUAACAAUACAAAAAAAAAAAAACAAUUGCUUUACAUCAAUCAAC